AUUAGAGGAAGGAGAAGCUGCACCUUAGCUAGCUGUUGUUGAUAUUUAGCGGGGGAAAGAAUGGCCUCUGAAGUGAAACAGGAGCUCUCACAACUGAUGAAUUCAAGUGGAUCUCAUAAAGACUUAGCGGCCAAAUAUCGUCAGAUUUUGGAAAAAGCUAUUCAGUUAACAGGUGCUGACCAGCUGGAGUCCCUGAAGGCAUUUGUUGAAGCAAUGGUCAAUGAAAAUGUCAGUCUUGUAAUCUCAAGGCAAUUACUAACUGACUUCUGCACUCAUCUGCCUAACCUGCCAGAUGCCACCGCAAAAGCAGUUUAUCAUUUUACAUUGGAAAGAAUUCAGCCAAGGGUCAUCUCCUUUGAGGAACAAGUGGCCUCAAUCAGACAACACUUAGCAACCAUUUAUGAAAAGGAAGGAGACUGGAGAAAUGCUGCCCAGGUAUUAGUUGGAAUUCCUUUGGAAACGGGACAAAAACAGUAUAACGUUGACUACAAGUUGGAUACAUACUUGAAAAUCGCCAGACUUUACUUGGAAGAUGACGAUCCAGUACAGGCUGAAGCCUACAUAAACAGAGCUUCAUUAUUACAAAAUGAGUCUUCAAAUGAGCAAUUGCAGAUCCAUUACAAGGUGUGCUAUGCCAGAGUAUUAGACUUCAGGAGGAAGUUUAUUGAAGCUGCACAAAGAUACAAUGAGCUGUCUUACAAGUCAAUUGUCCAUGAAAGUGAACGAUUGGAAGCACUGAAACAUGCUCUCAACUGUACUAUACUGGCUUCUGCAGGCCAGCAGCGUUCGCGCAUGCUGGCCACUCUGUUCAAAGAUGAACGCUGCCAACAGUUGGCGGCCUAUGGUAUACUGGAAAAAAUGUAUUUGGAUCGCAUUAUUCGAGGAAACCAGCUGCAGGAGUUUGCUGCAAUGCUCAUGCCCCAUCAGAAAGCCACCACAGCAGAUGGAUCCAGCAUCCUGGACAGAGCUGUUAUUGAACACAACUUGCUGUCAGCAAGCAAACUCUACAAUAACAUAACUUUUGAAGAAUUAGGGGCAUUGUUGGAAAUACCUCCAGCAAAGGCUGAGAAAAUUGCUUCUCAAAUGAUUACUGAAGGACGCAUGAAUGGCUUCAUUGAUCAAAUUGAUGGCAUUGUACACUUUGAAACCCGUGAACCUCUUCCCACUUGGGACAAACAGAUACAAUCUCUUUGUUUCCAAGUGAACAACCUGCUAGAGAAGAUCCGACAAGCAGCUCCUGAAUGGGCCACACAAGCAAUGGAGACACAGAUGACUCAGUAAUUCUUUUAAGUAGCUAACUUCAAAUAUCCCCCUUUAUUUGUCGGGCCGAGUGAGAAGAUAUUCUCUAUAUCUGCAAUCCCUGCAUUUUAUAUUGACAGUUACAGUAUGGUCAGUCUUUCAUUUUAUGUGACACACAAAACUUGUGCAUGUGACCUAAUCAAUUUGACACUGUUGUAUGGUUUAAAAGAAUUAGAAUUCAUUAAAUCCCCUGUUGUACUUA